UUUAACAUGUGCUGCAAGGGACGGACUCUCAUGAUGCUUUUCUGCAAGGGAAAGUACAACGCGUCUCAAGACUGCAUGCACAGAUACCUCAACGACGAGAACCUGCACCUGGUGGCCCGUCGCUGGAUCGCCAUGGGGCGGCCGGCCAAACCCAACUGGAACGUGCUGCUGGACGGGGUGGAGGAGGCGGGGGAGCGCAAGGGGCAGCAGUAAAGCAGCGGACAGGGCGGCACGCCGCCUAACACUGCCAGCAGGGCAUGACGCCUGAUGCUGGCUCAUGGGGCGAGGGUGGUUCGCAGCGGCAUGGGAGAGGGCCAGCGGUAUAGUGGUGUGAGGGCGUAGUGGGACCCAGGGGGCCUGGUUGCGGGGUCAGGCUACCGGCUGAACCGAGCGCGGUAUUUGCUGUGUUUGGUGGGCGGCAGCUGCGAGGAGGCGGCGGCAACUAGCUCUGCGGCUUGGAGGCGGUGUUGAGCUGGGUGGUGGUGGCUGAGGAGGCAGGGCAUGUAUGGCAGGGGCAUGCAGCGGAGCGGCGGCGGGUUCACGACUCUGGCCCCCUUGGGGCUCCUUGGAGGGGGGUUCGGCGCUGGACAUCCGACUUGCCCCUCCCCCUUCCCCCGACCCACUGACGGCGCUGAGCCAUCCUGUGAGAGCAGUCGGUGGGUGGCCAGCCACUGCCUGCUGCCUCGUGUCACAGCUCAGUGGGGUCGCUCAUGUGGGUGCGCCAGCCCGCAGCGCUGCGGCUCCAUCCGGCGUCAUGUGGAGGGGCGGUGCCGCUGCUGCCGCUGCUAACGGUAGCGGUGAUGGCGUCUCCAGGGAGGGGAGGGCUGGCGCAUCGGAGAGGCCAGCGGAGCGGGCCGAUGAAGGCGCUCUCUAGGACUUCUGGGGGUCGGGUCGGGUCUGAUCAUGGCCUCAGUCGGGGGGCCCUCAUGGCUUGAAUCUGCUCACGGCCGCAUGCGGGGGACUGGAGUGGCUACGUUGGCGGGUUGUGGCAGGUGAGGAGCCGCAGCAGGCUGUUGUUUGCUACUAUAGCUUUAUGCGUGGUGUGUUAAGAUAACUGGCAGCGAGGAAAUGACGCCAGAAAUGAACCAGACAGGCGGCUGUUUUGCGUGGCCGCGUGCGUUUAGGGUUUAGGUAUGUGGACGUGCGGGUGAGUAUACAAUGCUAGUGCCUAACCGCUAUACGGAUGGGGCCUUGUUGGGCUUCGCAUCUUGGAAUGAACUUGUUUGCCGGGUGUGAACCUUUUGAAGGGUGAGACCGUAAAGGGUGAAACCGAGGCGCCGACUGGCUGACGCAUGUUACAUUGGCCGGCCGACAAGCACUGCCCCGUGAGCUCUCAUAGCAGCUACCGUAUUGUAGGUCCGGAAGGCACACCAGCGGCUCACGACGCCAAGCCAUUAUCGGAUACUUCCUCGUUCAUGCUGAACGGGUAGUUUAGCUACACACGCUACCGUGCCUGCCUGUCUGUUGCCGUGUAACCUAUUAGACAUUACGGACCUUCCCGCUACCCAUAGGGCAUCGCAUCCCCUUCAGCCACCGGCUUAACAACACCGACACAGUUAGCAGUGCAUGGUAAACAGCCGACAAACGCAUGACCGGUUGACAACCGAGUAAGCUGCC